CAGUUCUUAAGAAAUUCAGUAUUGCACCAGCUGUACUCAGGAACAAAGAGCUAACAAAGAAAGAAGUGUCUCAAGAUUUUUAAAAAACAUAAUAGGAAAAUUGAAAAAAGGAGGAUUUGGAUCAGUAACUUAUUCUGCUCAGCUAAACCUGGACAGAACCUUGGAUCUCAGGACUAUCUUUUGAAAUGGCUCUCCUGUUCUUUGUCUUGGCCUUAACUUUUAUCCAGGCUGAAUCUGAAAGUGUUUCAGAUUCAAAUGUCCUUUUUGGGCCAAAGCAGGUAACUGGAUUGCUUGGUGGUUCUGUGAGUAUAAAAUGCUUCUAUCCUCCCAGUACUGUGAACAUUCAUUCCAGGAAGUACUGGUGCAAGGAAUCAACAAGACAUUGUUACACCUUUAUUUCUUCUAAUGGUUUUGUUGCCAAAGAUUACAAUGACAGAGCCUCCAUAACUGACUUUUCAGAGAAUGGCAUAUUCACCAUAGAAAUAUCAGACCUGAGGAGCAAAGACGUGGGUCUGUACAGAUGUGGCAUUGGUUUAAAUGAUUACGGACUGUCCUUUAAAGUCAAGCUGGAAGUUACUGAAGAUCCAGUACUACCUGAAGAAGCUCAACUUUAUUAUGCUGAGCAGCAAAAAACAGUGACUAUGACCUGUGACUUUGGUAUUCAGUAUGCAAGUGAAAGGAAGUACCUGUGCAAGAUGACAAAGACCAACUGUUACAAUGUGAUUGAUACAUACGGAAAUGUUGAACCAUCCUACUUAGGAAGAGUUCUGUUGACCAAUCUUGAUACUCCUGGAUCUUUCAGUGUCAUUAUGAGCCAGUUAAAGAAGGAAGAUGCAGGUUUAUAUCUUUGUGGAGCUGGGAAUUAUGGAACAGAUGGAGAAUCCAAGGAACUGGAUCUACACGUCUAUGAAGAUAGAUUGGCACCUAAACAACAGACAGUGCUAAAGGGAGUCCAGGGUGGUUCUGUGACUGUUGAAUGUCAUUAUGAUCCAAAAGAGAAUGAUACAUUGAAAUACUGGUGCAAGUGGAGACAACAUGGCUGCACUGAAAUAAUAAACAGCAAUGGAUACGUGCUGGAUUCCUAUGAGGGAAGAGUUGUGAUGCAUGAUGAUUCAGAAAAUGGCACAUUCACUAUCAUUCUGAACCAACUACAGAAGAAUGACAUAGGCUAUUACUGGUGUAUGACGGAUGGAAAAGAGGAAAGGAAGUCCUCAGCGGAGGUCACGAUUGUAGAAGGGAAACCUGCAUUACAAGCCGAAAAAGAAAUCCAGGCUGUUGCUGGCUCCCCACUAACUAUAUCAUGCUCUUAUCCAUGCAAAUAUUUUACAUAUGAGAAAUAUUGGUGCAAGUGGAAGAACACUGGAUGUAAACCUCUCAUCUCAUCUGAACAAAACCAGAGUGGCUUGGUAGUUAACUGUGAUAAAGAUAGUAGAAUUUUGUCUUUGACGUUUGACCAGGUGGCACCCACAGACCAAGGCUGGUAUUGGUGUGGUGUCAGACAAGGGCAGCAAUAUGGAGAAACAGUUGCAGUACAUCUGCAAGUAGAAGGAGUACCUCAAAACGGUAACGACUUUUCCAUAUUCAAUGAAGACCAUGAUAUUGCCAUUCCUGGAAUAAAUCCUAAUAGGAAUUCUCCUUUAAGCAAAGUCAAUCAGGCAGCUGAAGGUGAAAGUUCAACAGGCAGCCAUGCUGAAAAUAAAAAUUCUGUUGUUCUUCUUGCCACUUUGAUCCCCCUUGGAAUUGUAUUUCUGCUUCUCAUCACAGUCUUUACUAUAAAGAAGUUCAGAUUAUUUAAGAAUUCUGAUCUUGUAUCAGUUGGAAGCUACAGGACAAAUAUCAGCAUGACAGAUUUUGAGAAUGCGAGACAGUAUGGGGCAAAGGACAAUGCAUGCCUGGAAGAAAUUCAUGAGACCCAAAUAGGGAAGAAGGAUGAGUAUGCAAGUAAACCUGGCAGUCCUAAGGAGGCUGGUAAAUUAAAGAAACCAAAGAGGGGCUCCAAAGAGGAAGUUGAAAUGGCUUACACAACUUUCCUGCUUAAUUCAGACAACAUUUCUUCUAAAAUAACCUCGCCAGAGCAAUAGAAGCAAUCAGCCGAAUAGUCUCAUUUGGGACGGUUCUGAAGACCAGCAAAAACUAAUUAUGCCUUAAUGACUGAAGACAGAUCAUGACUGGAAUCAACAAACAAAUUCUUAUACUCAUUGAAAUUCUGAUAAUUUUCCUGAAUUGUUUCAGUUCUAUCACUACUUAUCCAGUUAGACACUUCUAAGUCUGGUAUAUUGCUUUAAGAGUAAACAGCUUCAUUCAAAUUGAAGAAUAAGCUUCUUAACUUUAUAAACACAACUGAUUGUUUUUUGAAAUGAUGUUUUAAGCCAUUGCCUGCAUAGAACAGAAAUGCAUUUGUUCAGGAAUUUUGCAUGUGUGAUUUGGUUGUCUUCAUACAGAAACCAGAAACUCUAGAGAUCCUAAUGGGAAUGCAUUUUCAUAAAAUAUUGGAUUACUCAAUCGGGGGCAUGGAGGGACUUUUUUUUUUCCA